AACAGGUUGCGGGCGAUGGUAGUUUCUGAGGUCCCUAAGCUUAGCUUCGCUGCCGAGUACUUCUUUAAAAUGGGAGUGGAAGGAAAGAGGUUUCGUUCCACGGUCUUAUUGCUGAUGUCAACCGCGUUGAAUAUCACUGUACCUGAACCUCCUACGGAGCUGCAAGAGCUGCAAGAGGCUUUGUCAACAGAUCUACGCGCAAGGCAACAACGUAUAGCAGAAAUCACAGAGAUGUUUCAUGUGGCAAGCCUUCUACACGAUGAUGUAUUGGACGAUGCAGACACAAGGCGUGGUGUUGGUUCAGUAAAUCGUGAAAUGGGAAAUAAGUUGGCUGUUUUAGCAGGGGAUUUUCUGCUUUCCCGAGCCUGUGUCGCACUUGCCUCCUUGAGAAGCACAGAGGUUGUAUUAUUAAUGUCAAGGGUGGUUGAGCAUCUUGUGACAGGUGAAACCAUGCAAAUGACUACCACAUCUGAUCAACGCUUUAGCAUGGAAUAUUAUAUGCAAAAGACUUAUUACAAGACUGCAUCACUGAUUUCAAAUAGUUGCAAAUCAGUUGCCGUUCUAGCUGGGCAUCAAUCCGAAGUUGUUGCGUUGGCUUAUGACUAUGGAAAAAAUCUGGGAUUGGCAUUUCAAUUAAUAGAUGAUGUCCUUGAUUUUACGGGCACAUCAGCUUCACUUGGAAAGGCAUCUUUAUCUGACAUCCGCCAUGGCAUUGUAACUGCUCCAAUGUUGUUUGCCAUGGAAGAGUUUCCUCAGUUGCGUACAGUUGUUGAACAGGGCCUUGAUAACAACCCUGCAAAUAUUGAACUCGCUCUCAACUACCUCGGUAGGAGCCGUGGGAUACAUAAGACAAGGGAACUAGCCACAAAACAUGCAAACCUUGCCGCAGCAGCAAUCAAAUCUCUGCCCAAGAGCGAAGACGAGAAUGUCAGAAAAUCGAGGACGGCACUCAUAGAUCUCACCCAGGUAGUCAUUACAGGAACCAAGAAAAGGGACGCCCCUUCUUGAUUCUUCCAGAGCAAUGUAUUAAAAGGCGAAGGUGAGGCAUCUUAUGGAUAGUCCCGUCUAGGCGUGAGGUUUGAGGCAUGAGGCGAAGCCUCAUGGUACCUAAGAUUUUAUUAUAUAUUAUAUAUAUAAUUAUAUUUAUAAAAUAUAAUACCUUGUAAAACAAAUAUAAUUAUAACUAAAUCAAAUAUAAGAACAUCUUCUUCAUUACUUAGAAACUAUGUCAUAUAGUCUUAAAAUGUUGUAAUUAUUUUAUUUUAUUGUAACCAAUUAUAGAGAACUUCAAGAGAAAUAAGACUAAAUAAGACUAAGUGGCCACAAUUAUAGGGAAUUUCAAUGAAAAUAAAGGCUAGAUUUUGCACUUACAGGCAAUUCAAAGGAAAUAAAUGUUGAGUGUAGCAAUUAUAGGGAAUAAAGGCUGAAUUUUGUUGGAAUGUUAUGAGAAUAUCCAUAAAAUUAUGCUUAUCUAUAAAUAAUAAACACAAAAAGAAACAAAAAGAUGCUUAUCUAUCUAUCUAAUAAAUAAUAUAAAAAAAAAGAAAGGUCAAUAAAAAAAAGAUAGUGGGAUAAUAAAUGUCAAGCAAAUGCGGCAAGUUACCCGUCCAGCCUUCAA